AUGUUCUCACUCAAUCUGCUCCUAUCCUCGGGAAAGUGCGGUUUUUGCAAGUCUUUUGGCGGGGUGAUAUGUGCUGAUUGCAAAAUAAUAUCCUACUGCAACUUUGACCAUAAGAGGCGUCACAAGCGUAGACAUAAAGCUCAAUGCCAGGGCUUUUGCGAACUGCUCGCUGAAUAUGAGUCCGAGUUUGAACGCUGCUCCGAGUCACACAAAGAGGUGCUCAAUGCCCUCAGGGAAAAAUUCAUGUACUAUGUUUUGCCAAAUGUUUCCCCUGGUGUGGUCGACUACACUCUCGCCCGGUUUGCCGUGCGGUAUAUAUUUGGCACGAGGAAAUCUUUGAAUGUUAUCAAAGAUGAAUUCGAAUAUCUAGAAUCUCUGCUGGAAGUGUUCGUGGAGAACAACUAUUAUGCUGGGUGGAGAAUCUCCGUCAUCUUGCUUAAGGAUGGCAGGGAUAGAGAAUUCUAUGACUUUGUGAAGGAGACGCUGCUGGACGUUAAGGAAGAAUUCGCGCCUGAACCGGGGAAAGACUAUGCGCUACAGUAUAUCGAUGAUAGAGGAGUCGACCCUUUUGAGGACUACAACUUCUUUUCCGCGGACAUUGACUACCGCGCCCCUUCUUUACUCAUUCAGAGUGUUGGUCUGAUUCUUAUGAAGAUCAAGAUGCUCAAGGAUUUGGAGGACUUGGACGCGAGUAAUAAUAUAAUUGGCAGGUUUGUUCCACGGGAAAUCCUGAACAGGAUCCAAUAUGCGAUUGCCUCUAAUAGUAUUUUAGCCGAUAAUUGGCGUCUCCUUGAAGCAGAAGAUCAUACCAAGCCAAUUGAAAUACUCAAGAAGCAAGUUGAAGCCUUGUUCUAUGGAAUUGAUGCGAUAAAUCCCUUUCUAUGGCCUUUUCUGGUGUACGAUGUAAAGCCAGGAACUGGACAGGCUGUGGAUUUCCCUAAUCCCGAGGCGGCUUCCGAGCAUGCGCACAGAGUGGUGAGAGAGUUGAGUGGGGUUCGGUUAAAAGCCCCAGGUGCACUAAAUUUGAUUGCAGAUAGAUACAUUCCUAUUUUGGGAUACUCCUAUCGCAAUCUGAAAAUCAGAGAUAAACCUCUCAUGGGAGACGGGCGAUAUUUUGACAACAUAAUUGGACACGAUGCUCAGUUAUAA